UGGGAGGCGGUUGGCGUGUCGUCACUUCCGCAGAGAUGGCGGUUGUGUGUGGUAGGGGGUUGCUGGCCCCGCUGGCUGGGCGGUUGCGGGCCGGCCCGCGGGCUCCGCUACGCUCUGUCGCCGCCGCCGCGCCGCUCUACGAUGUGGUGGUGUCGGGCGGGGGGAUGGUCGGGAGCGCCAUGGCCGCCGUGCUGGGGCAUGAUAUCCAUUUUCAUGAUAAGAAGAUUGCUUUGCUGGAGGCUGGUCCUAGGAAAGAAUAUGACCGCAUGCCAGAGAGUUACAGUAACAGGGUCAGUUCCAUCUCCCCAGGAUCAGCAACCCUCCUAAGCAGUUUUGGUGCCUGGGAUCAUGUCUGCAGUCUGAGACUCAAAGCGUUCCGGCGAAUGCAGGUGUGGGAUGCUUGCUCAGAAGCCAUGAUUGUUUUUGAGAAAGAUGACUUAGAUGAUAUGGGUUACAUAGUGGAGAAUGAUGUCAUUAUGUCUGCUCUUACAAAACAGUUAGAUGCAGUAGCAGACCGGGUGGAGGUUUUCUACGGGAGCAGAGCAGUCGGGUAUACCUGGCCCCUUCCCACUCACAGCUGUGACACAAGCCCUUGGGUCCAAAUUGAGUUAGCUGAUGGACGCAGACUUCAGACCAAACUGCUGAUUGGUGCAGAUGGUCAUAACUCUGUAGUCCGGAAGGAAGCAGAAAUUAAGAACAUUGAGCAUCAGUACGACCAGUCAGCUGUUGUGGCAACUCUUCAUUUGUCUGAGGCCACAGACAAUAACGUAGCGUGGCAGAGGUUCCUUCCCACAGGGCCAAUUGCGCUUCUUCCGCUGUCUGACACUGCCAGCUCUCUGGUCUGGUCUACAUCUCAUGAACAUGCAUCAGAACUUCUUGCUAUGGAUGAGGAAAGUUUUGUGGAUAGCAUCAACUCUGCCUUUUGGAGCAAUGUAAACCACACGGACUUCAUUGAUACUGCGGGGGCCAUGUUUCGAUCUGCUAUUUCCCUCCUGAAACCCUCAGGAACUGCUGUCCGUCAGCUGCCCCCAAGCGUGGCUAAAGUAGAUCCAGAGAGCCGAGCCAUGUUCCCUCUCGGAAUGGGGCAUGCGACAGAGUACGUCCACCACCGUGUGGCUCUGAUUGGGGAUGCAGCACACAGAGUCCACCCACUUGCAGGACAAGGUGUAAACCUGGGCUUUGGUGAUAUUGCAUGCUUAGCUCAUCACCUCAGUGUAGCAGCUUUCAAUGGGAGCGAUCUGGGCUCUUUAAAACAUCUCCUAAAGUUUGAGACAGAACGGCAGAGGCACAAUGUCUCCUUCAUUGCUGCCACUGAUGUGCUCAAGAGGCUUUACUCCACGAGGCUGGCUCCUUUGGUGUUGCUGAGGACGUGGGGAUUGCAAGCAACAAAUGCCCUGCCUCCUCUCAAAGAGCAAAUCAUGGCUUUUGCCAGUAAGUGAUCAGUUGUCAGUUUGGAACAGCAGCUUGCCAGGGAAUGCAUUGCCCUUGGAAGGACUGGGACUGACUUGAAUCUUUGAAUUGUGCUAUUUUAAUUUAACAAUAAAGCUGAGGGAUUGAGCUGUGUAUUACAUCA